ACGAAGCCCCGUUACUCGCACGAGCUAUCAUUCGUAGCAGAAAGUUUGAAGGUUAAGUUAUCCAGCCAUACUAUAAUAUUUGCUAUUGCGAACGUACUAUGUUUUAGGGUAGGGCUUUGCCUGAAAUCAAAUAGUUUGGCCACUGAUUCAUAUUCCUUGCGCUGGCUACUCAGGACAACAAGUCGUGUUGAGACAUCCUCAAGUUUACCACAACAUACCCCAUUUUCGAAUUCGCUUUUUUCUGCCCCGUUGUAAUCAAGCGGGGACCGACCAGAGGCCUAGCGGCAGACGCUUCAGCUAGCUGAAGUUGGCGCAGCGAAGGCAGCGACAACAGCAGCGGCAUCGGCUUCAGCCGUGUUGGUCGGUAUAGCAGAAAUAGCACCGGCAACAAUAUUCCUUCAACGGCAGUUAUUAUAUAACAUGAUCACCCUACGUUACUUCAUUUCGCUAGCCGUUGCUGCGGUUGGAUCGUUGCUUGAUUCAUGCUGAUGUUCGCGGUGUUGCUGCUGGUAUUAGUCAGCGGCGGUAGUAGCACCAGCAGUGGUGGGGAAAGGACUGAUGCCGGUGGAGAGGGUUAGGCUAUCACCUCUCGCCACCAUUAAGUACCAAAAUAUCGCAUGGAUUCUGGUGAUGCACCAGAAUUUCGAAGUGAUCUCCUGGAUACGGCCACGACGGCCAAUCAUUAAGUAAAAUCAAGUUACAUUAUAAUGUUAUGAUCGAGAGUGACUGACAAACAGAAUCUGCGCCCUCUUCCCUCGACGCGCAAAUAGCUGCCACUACAACAACAGCUAGUACGGACAGUGUUUGUGACCUUCGUCGGCCUAGGCCCUGCGCAGAACCGAACAAUCGGAAGACUUUCACCUUCGCAGCUGCUCUCCAAAAGGAGACGUUUCAUUGUUUAUGGAUUAACGCUCCAGUGUUCAAUCAUGCCGAAGGCUUUCCUCGUGCGCAAACAGCGCAUCUUGGCAGCGCAUGCCAAGGAACAGGCCGAAUUGGCUGCGAGGCGUGCACUCACUGAAGGCCCCGGCGGGUCCGAUGAGCCCCUGGCUCUCGUGUGUCCACCGGUGACCCCUCCAGCGAGCCCCGAAGGCCAAACUGGCCUGCCGGGCCUUGCAAACCAUGCGUACCCAGCAGCGCCAGCUCCUUCGGUCGGUGCACAAGAAGAGCCACUCAGUCUAACCACGAAAAGGCGUGCCCAUGAAGAAUCUGAGGACGAACUCGUAAUCGAUGAACGGCCCGAAACGCAACGCGUAAUGCAAUGGCUGCCGACGGUCUCGCGUUCAUCAACGACGCCACCCCAGUCGGAAAGCGAGGAUGAGGUAACCUCAACAGUGCCAAUGCUUGGUCAUCCUGCCUACCACCAUGCACCAUUUUCAUCACAGCGGGUUCCGGUCAUCCAGGAAAUGCAAACUCCGCUUCGACCUCAGCCGUAUUACCCCGCGUCGCGUUUCGAGGAUUUCCGACCUGAGUAUCACAUCGCACAUCCGCAUGAGUAUACAGCAGCUGCUGCUGCAGCCGCUGCCGCCGCUGCAGCAGCCCAUAAUCACCGUGGGCAUCCCACUGCCGCUGCUGCUGCAGCUGCUGCAGCUGCUGCUGCUGCUGCUGCUGUAGGUGCCCAGGACUAUCAACCAGCAUCUGUACAUACACUAACAUGCCUCAGCCCUGAUCCGCAUCUUCUAUGUGACAUGUCCGCUAGACCGUCGUCACCCAUACAGGGCGAAUGGCCUGAUACUAAAGGACAGAAGACGAGCAGCAGCAGCAGCAGUAGCAGUAGCCCAGAAAAGAUUAGUAGUCACUCCGAUGAUGAAAGCCAGAGUGGAUUUGAUCCUGUUAGCCCCGGUCUCCAGUGUCGUAUUCAAGUUCUUCGGCAAAGGAUGGGUAUACCGAUCGCAGCUCCCAUAGAAUUCGUGAACGGUGGCCAUGGAAUCAAGAAUCCACUUCUGAAUUUGGGUAGUUCGACUCCGGCCUCAGCUCCGCCUCCGCCACCGACGGUCAAAGGUUCAGUACCACCAGCUGCAGCGGCUGUUAACCAACGAAAGCCAGCGGUCGACGCUGCUGCCACCGAAACAAUCGAACAGCCCCAAAACCUCAGCAACACCUGCGAUGUCAACAACAAUUAUAUAAGCAAUUCAGCCAGCUGUAACGCGACAGGUGCCAGUAAUGACAAGCUCGCCUGUAAGGUAUGUGGCAAAUCGUUCGGACUUCAGCGCCUGCUCAACCGUCACAUGAAGUGUCAUAGCGAUGUGAAGCGCUAUCUAUGCACAUUUUGCGGGAAAGGCUUUAACGAUACGUUUGACCUGAAACGUCACACCCGAACCCACACCGGCGUACGACCAUAUAAGUGCAACCUCUGCGAUAAGUCGUUCACGCAGCGUUGCUCAUUGGAGUCGCAUUCGCUCAAGGUGCACGGAGCGAAGCAUCAGUACGCGUACAAGGAACGCCGCCAAAAGAUGUACGUCUGUGAAGAAUGUGGUCAUACGACAAACGAGCCCGAAGUUCACUACGUCCACCUGAAGGAAAACCACCCGUAUAGUCCGGCAUUACUGAAGUUUUACGAUAAGCGACACUUUAAAUUCCAGGAUGGAUCCUUUCCAGUCACGUUGUUGCAGCAUCCAAAAGAUGCGACUUCUCAGGAACAGUACUAAGUGGUAUUUCGAAAAAAACACUGAUGAGCUAUCAUCAUGUACCCGUCACCUUGAAAGGCGGUACUAAUAACUACGAUGAUACCAGCAGCGAUAAAUUAGUUGAAUACAAUCGAAGUAGCAGAGAUCGAAUCCGGUGCGAACUAUCGCUACGAAUAAUAGCUUGACAGUAAGUUGUCGACCCCCUGAGUCGAUAGAACGAUGAUGCCGGGGUAGUCUUUCACUCUAGGCGCGAAGAUUGAGCGCCCGGUCACUGAGGUGAACUACGUAAUAAUGUUCUUACUAUGUUGGACGGAGUGACACUAAUGAAACCGUCCACCAGAUUCCGAAUAGGCAUUCAUUAUAUUCAGGACUAACCAGGCCGGUUGAUUAAAAUCAACAAAGCGGUGUCCGUAGAACCUACUUACAUACAAUGAAAUACUAUUCCUGCUAUAAUCCUUUUGCUGUACACGACUACGUUACUAUUGAUCAUAUAAGAACGAUGCAUUUAUGUCAUUAUUUCAAUGAUGAGGACAACGAAGACCAUUUCAACUAUACAUAGAAUAAUAAUAACAUAAAUAACGGCCUGAGAAGAAAAAGAAAAAAACAAAACAUUUUAUUAUACUAUUAUACAAAAAAUAUAAAAGAGAAUCGUACAUAGCUUAUCAUAAUUAAGGAGGCGACAGUAGUUUAACAUAUGAGGAGCAAAUGGUUUCUAACAAAAUAUUACAUAAGAAAGAGGAAGUAAUGAAUAGAACGUGCAGGAAGGCAAAACAAGAACAAAGAAAGCAAGCAUAAUCGAAAGAACUGACGAAAUUUAAGUUGUGGUAAGUAAGCAUAAUCGAAAGUGAACGUUCACUUUUUAACUGACGAAACAUAAGUUGUGAAAAAAGGACAAUACGAAGAUGAUAAAGGAGAACAAAAAGCGAGGCAGUGAGAAGCUCGAGCUCUCUAAGGGCAUUCCCGUGAUCCCUAGUCUCUUUUUUCGCAGAGAACAAACAACACACAUCUUAGCUAUGACGGAGAAAGAAGCAUAACCUCUCAUGAUCUCUCUCAAUCAGUCGAUCAAUCGAACAGCACGACCCUCACCUGUUUUUUUUUUGUACGCGGUAUAAGACAGCCGCUUCGCUUCGCUUCGUUUAUUUUAAGAAACGUGAAACUUAUCCUAAUAAGAAGUUAUAAAACGAUCAAUAAAUUUGAGUGUUUGAAAUGAGGGCUAUGGAGCGGACCACGUUACGAUCCGAUAUUGUUCUUUCUUCGUCAAGUAAUACUGUGAAGCGGCUCAGAAUUAAUGCAUAUGACCUUUACUUCAUCAACUCAUCCACAUGUUCUCGGAACUUACCUAAACUUUGCGGAUCUCUUCAAACUUGUCUCCUAGAGCUAACUCCUUUUCGCAACAAUAUAAAUACAAUACGAAAUCUGUAGAGAGAUAAAUGUAAACAGAAUUUAUAAUUAUAACAACACACACACAGAGACACACACACAGACAUAGACACAGACACAGACACAGACACAGACAC